AUGCCAUCUCCAAUAUGUGUAGUUUACGGCUGCAAGAGUGGAAAAGGAAUAACUAAACACAGAUUUCCUAAAAACGAUUUAGAGCGGUUCGUCAUUUGGGUCGAAAGGGCUUGUAAUUCUAAGUUAAUAAACCUGACAAUUGAUCAAAUUUAUAAUUCAUAUUUAAUGUGUGAUCUACAUUUUGAUGAGAAUUGUCAUAGCCCCGGUACUAAAUUACUUAAUCGUAAUGCUCUUCCCACAUUAUUUUUACCAGAAGUGAGUUAGUUGUUUAAAAUUUGAGUGUAUUAUAUGUGUUAUUUGUCUUAAAUGUUAAAUUGUUGAUUAACAUCUAAUUUUUAAAAAUUAUUAUUGUUUAACAAAUAGCACGAAUAAGAUGGUACUACCAUUCCAUCUAUCCUGUGGUAUUAUACUCUCUAUGAAUCCAAUAAUAUGUUUAGGUAAUUAUAAUUUAUAUUGUAUUGAUUUUGUUUAUAAUUGAAACUGCUUGUGAAAUUGUAGUGUAUUUUAUUUAUUUUGUGUUCUAAUAUUUACUAUAAAUUAUUUCAGUGUUGCAUGUCACUUAUAUGAAAUUCUAUAAUGUUAAAAAAUGUUUUUCAUUUAUUUUUAAAUUAAAUUAAAUGUUUUACUUGUUUGCUUUUAAAAAUAGUAUUAAAAACAAAUUGACUUACUUCACACAAUAUGUGGACCACUGUUUUAGAUGAGACGUUUGGGAAAGUAGAAGGGAUAUUUAAUAUUUAUGUAUACGCAAUGAUUAAUCAUUGUUAACGAAAAAUAAUUCUGAGUGAAGUUCAGUUAUACAUAUUUUGAAAGGCUAUAAUAUUCAUAUUUACAAUUUAUAAAUAAUACAUUUUGUAAAUUUUCUAGUUUUUCCUACAUGUUUUUAACAUUUUAUUAAGAAAAUAAAAAAAGAUCAAAUUUCUUUUAGAAAAGGUGCUUAACUUGAAAAUAAGAGCAAUUUUUCUGGUAGAAAAGUAAUACACAGAAAAAAAACUAAAUAUCAUUGUAAAACUAAUUUUCCAUUCUGCUCAGCAUCUAAAAUUGAAUAAUAUGAAGAUAAUUUAAAUUUGAAUUAUAUAUGUAUGCAUUUAUUUUUAUUAGAUAAUUCUAGUUCAAUUUAUCAACAAACCAGGUCCUGGUGAAAUAUUAUUUAUUCUUUUAAACAAGUAGAUUUGAUUUUAGAUUUUAAUAUGUAUAGGUUUUUUUUUUUAGAUUUUACUGAUCUUAAUGUAGUUCAACCUUUUAAUGAUAGUGCAUUAAUUAUAGUAUAUGAUCUAGGUUCCUCUAGACAAGUAUCUGUUACAGUUUUAUUGAGAAAUAGUUGUAAGCCAAAAAUUGAAUAUUAUGAAAAUAUAUUAUGUACUUAUAAUUUUUUUUUUUUUUAGUUUUGCUGAUCUUGGUGGAAUACAAUCUUUUGUUGAUACUGCAUCAAUAA